UUCGAGAUGGAAAGAUAAAGGAGUAAAGCAGCAGCAGGAGCAGCAGCAGGUAGUAGUAGUAGAAGAAGAAGAAGCAGAAACUGAGUAGCCAUGGCCGCCAGCAUGUUCAUGAGACCACAUCUCCGGUUUUCAUCAUUCUGCUCUGCUUCAACCAUUCGCUGCUGUCCUAAAUCUCCAAUAUCAACCUACCACCGCCGUUGGACUCACAAGAUGGCGCAGCAGGAACUGGUCGAAGAGCAAGCUCUCUCAUUCUAUCGUCGCAAGAACUACUAUCCCGUCAAGAUCGGCGAAGUUUUCAACGGUCGAUACCAAGUUAUUGCAAAACUGGGCUACGGUGGAUACUCGACUGUUUGGCUUGCGAGAGAUAAUAGGACAAAAGAGUAUAAAACACUCAAAAUUACGGUGCAAACUGAUAAUGUCUUGCGGAACUCCACGCCCCCUGUGGUCAAUGAAGUCAAGAUGCUCAAACACCUGAAGUUAACUGCUGAAGAGAGGGAAGAGACCAACCACCCAGCAUUGAAAUUUCUACGCCUUGCCGACGAGAUUCUAGAGCUUGAUAACCCAGAAACUGGUGAUCAUCAUUACUGCAUUGUUUCGCGACCACAAGGGAACAGUAUCCGCACCCUGCAGGACCAGUUCCCCGGUGGUAUAUUGCCUAGGAUUAUAGUGAAAACAAUAGUCCACCAACUGAUCAUUGGGCUAAAUUGGCUACAUACGUGUGGUGGUGUUGUGCAUACCGGUAACUUCUCAAGCUCAAUUUCUCUUCCUGUUAAUCGGGUAUUGACUAUGAUAGAUAUACUGCCCCAGAACAUCCUUAUAAGCAUUGACAAUGACUCAAUUGGCCUCAAAGAGGUUGAAGAACAAGAGACUAAGGAUCCGAGCGUACCCAUCAUUACAAGGGACGGGAAUGGAACUGAGUGCGGUAUAGUCUACAGGUCUCGGUCUACUAGAUUGGAAUUGGCGGGUCACCCCGUCCUCACCGACUUCGGCCAGAUGCGACUUCUGGAUGAUGGCGAGUUCAGCGACUGGUGGAUGCCCGAUCUUUACCGCGCCCCAGAGAUUCUCUUGCAGCUCCCCUGGAGUUGCCCGGUUGAUAUGUGGUCUGUUGGCAUCAUGGUGAGUUUACAUGGUCUUCAACAUAUGACGUUCAAGCUUAGAGUAGUCGAACUGACCGUGUUCACAAGAUUCUCGAACUGAUAGAAGGCCGAAAUCUGUUUGACCCGAUUGAUCACGAGCAUAGGCAGUAUGUGUACCCGCUAGCAAUGGCACAGUACAUAGGCUACCUUGGUCCUCCUCCGCCACUACUGAUGAGCAAAAGCCCGGUUGUAUCCCAGUACUUUGAUGAUGAUGGUAUUCUCCCCUCCAUGUUUUUACUGUUUUAAUGGCCGGAGUAACUUACUGGGAAACAGGGAAGUAUAUAGGAGAGGCGCCGAUACCAAAGACUAGUCUUGAAGAUUUUGUCACAACCAUUUCAUGUGAUAAGGAGAAAGAGAUGUUCCUACGCUUUAUUCGAAGGAUGUUGACGUGGGAUCCGGAGGAGAGAGCUACAACGAAUGAAAUUUUCACCGAUCCAUGGCUCAUGCUGACCCCUGAAGAGAUGCCUGGUGCGUUAGGGGUACUUGAGUCCUAGUCAAUAUUGUACAAUAUCGAUGCUCCACUCUAGUAACUGCUUGUGUCUGUACAAACAAACAAUUCUAUAUAUAAUUGUCGGAAGAGUUUUGAGUAGAUUCACUGAGCCACAAGGGUAUAAAGGCGGGCUUCUGAGUAUAAUCUCAAAUCAAUGUCUUAUUCUUAUCCAACCAGAUGGCAGAUAUAGCUGUUGGACUUCUUCUAUAGGCUCCAUCCCUUCGAGCCCCUGACAUGAUUUUACAGCCUCCCUGCUCUUUCACCCAUGUAUGUUUUCGGGGUUGCACUCUCUACUAGGGAGAUCUUUGUUCUUUCAUCUCGACGCCCCCAGUCAGGGGCACAUCUAGCAUGCACGG